UUUACGCGUGAUGUCACUGUUUAAGACAUUUGGUUUCGAACAGUUUGAGUGGUUUUAAAGUACAAGUUCACAAUGUCAGCUCCACCGCCAUAUUACCCUGCAAACCCAGGACACCAGGGAGGAUAUCAAGCUCCACAGGCUUACCAGCCAGGUCCUUAUCCAGUCACAACUCCUCCUCAACCAGGAUAUGCACCAAGUUACCAUGAGGGAGCUCCACCAGGUUACCAACCUUUACCAACACAGGUGCCCCCAACAACGUAUGUCUACAUCCGAGGGAACUGCCCAGCAUGCCAUACAGGAAUACUUGAGGACAGUUUCACUGCUCUGGGAGUUUGCUUAGCCAUCUGCUUCUUCCCUCUUGGUCUUAUUUGUUGCAUGAUGCUCACUGAAAAGAGAUGUAACCGUUGUGGAAUGUCUUUCUCAUAAUUCAGCCUUGUGUACUUUUCUGAUAUACCAUAAAGCCAAAACUAUUAUCUUAUUUGUAUUUAUGAUUACAGUAGAGUAUAUACUUCUGUUAAUAGCUAUCCUUCUUCAUCUCAGUGCAUUUUCAGGGACUUGACUGCAGCUCUUGAAAAGAGUGUUGGGGAAAUGGUAAUAAUUUUAAGGUAUUAUAUAUUAAUAUUAUUCAAUUUCUGUAGUUCCCUCAGAGAGGUAAAAGUAUACAAGGAAGCAAGUUCAUGUGCACAGCACACCAACAGUGUUUCCUUAGAAGGACAAGAUUUGCACAAACAAACAAACAAGAGGGUGGCAAUGGGUUUUUAUAACUAUGGGAUGUGUGACUAGGACCAAAAUUAAUAUGUGACAUGCAAAUUUUACAAAAAGGUGAGAGUGAUUUGUAAAUUUAUUGACAAGUAUAGGACAGGAUUUGUCUCCUGGAAUAUAAUUGACCUCAGAUUUUUUCCUUUCAUUUUUUAGUAUUAAUUUAUUAAACCUCAAGAUUUCUGUGAAACCUAGCCAAAUUAGGAAAGUGAUUCGAAAUACUCGUCAAAGUAUUUGUGAUGUAGGAAUUUUUUAUGAAAUUUGUGCUUGAAAUGAAAUCAGGAUCUCUCAUUCCCCAUCUUCCCCCUUUACUGCCCUCAGACAACCAGUUGUUCAUGUUGAUGAACAUGCAAUUUAACUGUUUUCAAGUUUUUAACUGGAACUGAUACAAUGGUAGUUCAAAUUAAACUAACUUCAGAGUGUAUGUCACUUUCGUUUAUUAGCUUAAGUCAUAUUCAGUAAAAGAAUAAUAAAUAUAAAAGCAAAAUUUAAUUCCUUCAUUCGUCAGGAGUAAUUGCACAGUUAUAGGGUGUGAAACUAUAUAAUAAAAUGUUAUAAGAGUGACCAGCAAAUUUAAUGUACAAAAAAAGUUCCAAAUAUACUAAGUAAAUACCAA